AUGUCAGAACCCGGUCCGUCCGCGUCGAGCAGCACUAGUCGUGGCAGAGGUCGGGGGAAAUCACGAGGUGGCUUAGGAAAAUAUCUUCGAGCUCGUGGCCGAGGUCGCGGAUACGGUCGGCCAGCGGAAUUCCACCAACGACUGGUCCUGGAGGGUGAGGCACUGGUCGAAGAGGAUGAUGAAGAAAGGGCCGAGAGAGAGUGCAAGUUUUCGAAGAGACAUUUGGGAACCAAUGCAGACAGAUAUGCUGAACCGGAGCCAGAGCUCGAUUCUGAUGGUGUGUCGCCUCAGAUAACUUUGAUUCGCGUCCUGAUUUUCACUUAUCCAUCAUUCCUGGGGCGACAAAGGUUGUCCGACAACCCGGAGUCGGCUCUGCAAAUGACAUUGCCUGACGAUGAUGACGAUGUAGAUCAUUCACUGGCGCAUAUAUCCUCCCGUGGCAUAGGUUCGGAGGCACCGACACGCAAAGGAAAAGUCGAACAGAUCGCAUGGGACGACGAGCUUGAUGAAUUGUCAAGAGAAAAGGCGCCUUAUUUAGAUCUCAAAUCUCGUUUUCGUGCAAAAUCAGAACGGCUGCGAAAGAAGCCCAUUGCACCCACCGCUCGAGAACGAAAACAAGAAGCGUCCUAUGUUAAUGCCCCAGCAUUACCUCCGGCGGAAGGCGCUACACCCAAGGACCCGAAAGCCGAUAUGGAAGAUUUUCUUGAUGACCUUUUAGGCUGACUGUGGCCUGUUGGGAGAGAGGAAGCACACUGGCAUAGGGCUACAUGACUUUAUAUGGCACACCGACGAGAGCUCGAACAGCGUUCUAGAGCUGAGUCCCACCGCUUUCCUAGCGAGUCACCCGUAUGUCAUUACACACGCCAUUCAAGUUGUGUCACAGCACUGAACAUCACCAUAGGCUCAUGUAGCUCAUGAUUCUCCCUGAAGUUGAAAAUUUGAAGAUGUAUCUACCAGUGUUUCGACUUCAACUUAUUCAAUACUGAAGUGCAACGAGUAAGCAAAAUUUUACACAGCAACUAGAUUUUACUGAUCAUUAUAUCCACAUCGUCGAUAUAAGUCUCCUUCCCCGUCAGCGGUUACGACGCCCAUCUUUGGCCAGAG